UCAAACAAGCCCAACGUUCAGAUGUAUCGUUCCCAACGCUUCAAACCCCUUCUCGCAAGAACACCGCUCCAACCCAAUCCUUUUCCCUCAACAUUUUCUCUGAAAUGUAAAUUCACCUCACUCGCUCCCCAACACCACUCCUUCACCGUCUCUUACCUCAUCAACAACUGCGCCUUCUCACCCGAAACUGCUCUCAAAGCUUCCGAACGCGUUCGCUUCGACACCGCCGAAAAGCCCGACUCAGUAAUCGCCUUCUUCAGAAACAACGGGUUUUCAAAUUCCCAGAUAAACAGCAUCUUCAGAAGAAUACCCGACUUGCUUACAUGCAACCCCCACAAAAGGGUUUUGCCAAAGUUCCAAUUUUUAGCCUCCAAAGGCGCUUCCAACUCCGACAUCGUUCAAUUGGUGAACCGGUGCCCAAGACUCCUUACCUCCAGCCUCGAGAAUAACGUCAUCCCCACCUUCGAAUUGAAUGUGAACAUGUUGGUGGAUGUUGGGGUCAGGGACUCCGACAUCUCUUAUUUGUUCCGUAAGAGGCCCUCUAUUCUCUUGUCUAAUGACCUGAAGAGGACUGUUGAUGAAGUUAAGGAAAUGGGGUUUGACCCUUUGAAAAUAGUGUUUGUGAUGGCUUUGCACGCCAAAAGGGGUGUUUCGAAAUUGCGGUGGGACGCGAAAGUUGACGCCUUUAAGAGCUGGGGUUGGUCUGAAGAAGUGGUUCUUGAUACGUUCAGGAAGAAUCCACUGUUUAUGUUGAUGUCAAAAGAUAAAAUCAAUGAGGUGAUGCGGUUUUGUGUUGAUGAGUUGGGGUGGGACCCUUUGGCCCUUGCCAAGUGGCCGACUAUGUUUGGGUAUAGUUUGGAGGGAAGGAUCAUUCCGAGGGGUUUGGUGGUCCGGUAUUUGAUUGCAAAGGGUUUGAGAGGAAUGAGUGCCAACUUGUUUACACCGUUUAAUAUUUCUGAGGAGUUGUUUCUUGAAAAUUAUGUGACGCGUUUUAAGAAGGAAAAGCCUCAUCUGUUGAAGCUGUACAAGAAAAAACGAGGUUCCAAGAAAACAGGGAUAACUAACUCAUCAUGAGUACAAAUUUUGUGUGAUUCAACCUUGUUAUGUUUUAUCAUCCCAUUUAAGUACCGUUGUUUAUCCUGUCUAAGGUGCAAUUGAUUUAACUGAGUUGUUUCGUUUUGAUGGGUCAGAAGACUCAGAACUCUUGUUGGUUGUUGCAUUCUUCAAUUCCCAUUAUAGUUGUGAUGUAUACAACUACUUGUGCUUUAUAAAUGACCAAAGCACAAGUACAAAUUCUUAAAUAUCCAAUGCUUAUUUGUAACCUUGCUCACACUUGCAUGCUGCUGACUGCUGUUGUUGCCUUCACAAGAAAUAUAUAUUCGCUGUCAUAUUUUGAUGGUGAGUAUAUAUUUCUUAUUUCCAUCCUAGCUGAGAUUGACAUGCUGUUAUUGUCUUCACAAGAAAAUGAAUUCACCAUCCUCGUGUUCUGAGUUUGAAUUGUGGAAGAUUCUUUAGUAAUUAGUUGUUCUAGUAAAUUACAAUUUUUAGAUUUGGCUUGUGACUUGAAAUACUUUUAAGGUUCCUUUUUGUUAUUUGGGCUAUGUAAAGGAGAUUUAGAGAAAGAUAUAAAUCAGAGCUCCUAUACCAUUGUGGAAUUUAAAAAA